GACCAACCCAGUUAACAGAAACAUGGCAACAUCAAGGCUUGUGACGGCUGUCACUUGUUAAAAAUAUAUCCCUAUCGAUUCGGCUCAACUCAACGAAAAAGUUUAUGAUAAAUUUAUCGGAUGUUUAGAAGAGUGUAACGAAUGAAAUUCAGCAGAAAAAAAGAAAAUGUGGUGGAAAGAUAUACUGAUUGGAACCACGUGGAUAGCUCGUGAUGAGCAGACACACGAUAUUCCCGCCAUUUUAGCUGCUAUUUUCUUCUACGUAGUGUCGUUUAUCAUCUGCUACGUCACGUUUCGUAUAACGAAGCUUAUCCUUCCAGAAUCUAUUCAUUCGCUUACCACAGAAUUUGUAAAGACAUUGCUCGUGUGUACCUAUCCUUAUGGACAUGGGCUGGUUCGGUAUCAUUAUGGAAACAUCGGAUAUUUCUUCACCGCUGUGCCUCUUGUGGUCCUCACGCUGUCCCUCUUCCCCCAAGGCCUGUGUUCACCACUUAGUAUUUUUGUUCUAUUUUUGAAGGGACAAAUAUCACUUUUUAAUCUCAUAUUUAGAACAGUUAUCCAGACGCUAGGUGCCUUUACGUCGUACAAGUUAGCCAUGUUUGUGUGGUCAUUCGGCGUCCAUUCAGAACACACUAAACAAUUCCACGCCACUUUGUGUCAAACCGAUCUCAAUGUUACAGUACAAGUUGGAUUUCUCCUGGAACUUCUGUGCGUUGCCUUUGAUACAUGGUUAGGUUUUAAAAAGCUGAGCAAAUCAGAUUUGGUGGACAGCACUAUAAAGAUCGCCAACAGCACUUUGAUGGUUUGUUUAGGUGUUCACCUAACAGGAAUGUACCUCCAUCCAGCUAUGGCGUCUGCCUUGACCUACUCGUGUCAGGGUUCCUCAGCCUUCGACCAUAUCGCCGUCUACUGGGUCAGCGCCUUCAUUGGUUGUUACCUUGGUUACAUAUUACAUCACAAAAUCAAAAUUACCCGGAUGGAUACUCACGAUCUCCGACAUCGAAAAAUGAAUGGCUCUGGCGACACUAAGAAAUCCAAAUAAACAACGACAAAAUCCCCCGUAACACAGUUCACUGCGAAAGUUCCUUUUGCGCUCUGCAACAGAUUUGACGGAAACUACCGAGAAUUACCGAAUGCCAAAAUAAUUUGUUUAACCACCAGUUUACCAUGUUCUUGUUUUUAUCAAAUGAUGUUAAGUUCUUGAAUUAUAUUAUUCUAUUAAAUUGUUUCAAUUGUU